CCUUUUACCCGCCUCUCUCGCCCGCCCCGGCCGCGGGGCGGCUUCCGCUUCCGGGUGGCAAUUCUCUGUGGCGCGCUGUUGAAGCUAAGUGGUCGCCAUGGAGCUUACGGGCGAGUACGUCGGGUGUGAUGGGGAGCCCCGGCGGCUGCAAGUGUCCUGUGAGGCGUCGGGCGACGCGGACCCUCUCCAGAGCCUGUCGGCGGGUGUGGCCAGAAUGAAGGAGCUGGUAGCCGAGUUCUUCGGGCCCCUGGUGGAGCGGGACGCGCAGGGCGUGACGGCAGAUGCGGACGACGCUCUGGACGCGUGGCGAGCAUUGGCCUAGAGACUAGACAACGAACUGAGUCAGCUCCACGCCUCUGCUCUGGGAGAGCGCCAAGGACGGCGAUAGGCGUCCAUCCCUGCUCGUGCAGGAGCGGACGUGCGGCGGUCGGUAACCGCUGCUAGCUUCCGGAAGACCUAACGGGCGGGACGUGGGCGCUGGGUGUGGGAAGACGAACGGAAGUUGUAUCGGGUGUGAAAUUAAAAACAUGUUUGACAGACUGGGAACAGCCCCAGAUGGUCGAGACCGACUUUGUUGUAGGCAGUCUUCACCCUCAGAGGACCCUUUCUCCUGUCUGUUUUGAAAGUAGAAGGGUGUUUUGGGCUUUUGCUUUUUGGUAUUUUAAGAAUUGAUAGUUUCAUACAUAUAUGCAAAGCAUCGUGGUCAUUUUUUCCUUCCACGGCACUCUUUCAUCCCCUGCUUGAACCCCUUCCCAACAGGGCCCCCUCUCCUCUCUUUCCUGCCCUUGGUUGUCACUCACUGAGUUAGUGAAGAUUGUAUGAGGGGGGAGGUUACCUCCUGGAGCAAGGGCAGCUCAGCGGUAACUACACCACUGAAGAAAAAAAUUGUCGACUCCUCCCCGCAGCAACCAUUAACUGCCAAAACCACCUCUGGGAGUGGUGGGCCCUCAUGAGUCGCUCUCCUUUCGGGGGUGGAAUGUUGAGGUUGCCAUCUUGUGCAGGUGACCACAACCGCUGCACUUGUGUGCGGACAUGUCAUGUCCAAAAGAAUGUUUCACCUCAGCCCUUCCCGUCCUCUGGCUCCUACUUCCAUCCACCCCGUCUAUUGUUGUAGAAAUUACUGUUAUUCAGUUUUGUUUGUUUGUUUUGUUUUAAAAGAUGGCUGUUUUUGCCUGCCGUGUAUGUACGUCUGUACACCACUUCUAUGCAGUGUUUUCUGAGGCCAGAAGAAGGCAUUAGAUCCCCAGCAGGCCGUGGUCUUAACCU